AUGGCUACCGAAUUCUACGUAGAUCCAGAAAACGGUUGUGACGAACAGGGAGAUGCUAGUAAGGAAAAACCUGUCAAGAACUUGUUCAAGGCUAUGUUAAUAGCCGGUUCUAUUGACAAGAAGUUCUUUGUGGCCGCUCUUGAGGAUAACAAGCUUGAAUGGAAAGAAGCCGCCAAGGCAGCUAUCAAGAAGAACGCCAAGAAGUUCGAAGCCGAGAACAAGAAGCUACAAAAAGCCAACGAAAAACAAGCAGUUCAACAGGCUGCUAGUCAGUUGACUGACCUUCAUCUCGAGGAAGCCAAGAAAGUUGUUAUAUCUCUUGAUAAGACAUUGCCAUUUGAGGAUGUUAAGUUGAGGAGUGUAUCCGAUUAUGUGGGCAAAAGAGUUCGCAUCUCAGCUUGGGCACAUCGUGUUCGAAGACAAGGUAAUUGUUUUUUUAAAGAUUUGAAUUAGUUUUUAGGUAAGAACUUGAUGUUCGUAGUUCUACGUGAUGGAAGCGGAUAUCUCCAAGCCGUAUUCAACGACAAGUUGUGUCACACGUACGAUGCUUUGACUCUUCAAACGGAGUCUUCAGUCAUAGUCUACGGAGUUGUCAACAAGUUACCGGAAGGAAAGGAAGCUGUUGGAGGUGUAGAAUUAUCGGCCGAUUACUGGGAACUUAUGGGACCUUCACCUCCAGGAGGAGUGGAGCACGUCCUCAACGUGGAAGCUAAUGUAGACAUCAAGUUGGAUCAACGACACUUGGUGAUUCGAGGUGAGAAUGCUGCCAAGGUGUUGAGGGUGAGAGCUGCUGUCACCAGAGCGAUGAGAGAACACUUCUACAACAGGAAGUAUACCGAGAUAUUCCCUCCGACUUUGGUUCAAACGCAGGUAUGUCAGGUAUUUAGUGAUGUAUUUUGCAUUAAACGAAGAAUAUUUUAUUAUCACUUUUUUUAAAUUCGUUAAUGUUACAUACGUUUCUUUUGUAGGUUGAAGGGGGUUCUACCUUGUUUGGAUUAAACUACUUUGGAGAAGAAGCCUUUUUGACCCAGUCUUCUCAGCUCUACCUGGAAACUUGUGUGCCUGCUGUCGGCGAUUGUUACUGUAUCGCUCAGUCUUACAGAGCUGAAAAGUCUCGUACAAGACGACAUUUGGCCGAGUACUGCCAUGUGGAAGCUGAAUGUCCCUACAUUACUUUCGAAGAUCUUUUGAAGCGUGUAGAAGACAUUGUAUGUGAUACUGUGGAUCGUAUCUUCGAUGAUCCGGAAGCAAAGAGGUUGGUGUUGGAGCUUAACCCCGUAAGUUAUAAUAUUUUGAGAAGGUUUUGAUAAAAAUAUUUUGUUUCCUUUUUUAUAUUAUUACUAAUAUUGCGUAAAUUAUCUAUACUAUAUUUAGAACUUCAAAAAGCCAUCAAGACCAUUCUUGAGGAUGACAUACGCUGAUGCCAUAGAAUGGCUGAAGAAGAACGGUGUGAAGAACGAAGAAGGCAAAGACUUUGAGUUUGGAGAAGACAUUCCAGAAGGUCCGGAACGAGCAAUGACUGACAAGAUCAACCAGGUAAACAUUGUGAUACUGACUUUUAUACUCAUUCUGAUGGAAAAUUAUAAUUAAACGUAUAGUAAUAAUAUAUUUAAUGUUUCAGCCAAUCCUUUUGAACCGCUUUCCUGCUGGCAUCAAAUCCUUCUACAUGAGCCGAUGUGAAGAUGCUUCUGACUUGACAGAAUCCGUGGACUUGUUGAUGCCAGGAGUCGGAGAAAUCGUCGGAGGUUCAAUGAGGAUCUGGAAGGAGCAGGAGUUGUUGGCUGCCUUCAACAAGGCUGGAAUCGACCCUAAGAACUACUACUGGUAUGUAGACCAACGUCGCUACGGGGGCUGCCCUCACGGUGGCUACGGUCUUGGUCUGGAACGAUUUGUCUGUUGGUUAACUGGCACUGAGCACAUCCGUGACGUUUGUCUGUAUCCUCGAUUCGUGGGAAGAUGUACACCUUAAGUGGUUAUUGUUGCUUGUUUUGUUCAUAAUUAAAUAAAUGUUUGGUAAUCUAUAGACAAGAUACGGAUUGAAAUGUACUUGUUCACCUUUUAUUUUUUAAAUAUAUUUUCGGCACAAACAAAUGACUUUAGAGCGAAACGUUAUGCAGGAUUUAAAGUAAGUUCCAAAGAAUGGAAAAGUCAAGUUGUAGAGUCUUGACAGAAUUAAAGGAUGACCUUCUGGACGCCUAUCAAGCUUCUCCUAAGACGGUUCUUCAAAAUAAAAAUGUCGAAGUUUUGAGACAAAAGUGAGUUUUAAAUUAUAAAGUUCUCCAAAAUGUAACAGCUAUCUAUAAUCAUAUUCUUCUGGUUCACGGUAGCCGCAGAAGAGUUUCUGCUGGAUGCCAAUCUUCAGGUUCGAGUUCUGGACUUGUUGUGGGAAGCUGUCUGGUACAACGUGAUCGACUGUUACUGCAAAAGUACUCGCAAGCCAGAUUCCCAAUUAUUGUAUCAGUUUUUGAAAAAUGGUAUUACGUACUUCAAGAACCUAAAGGAGUCGUUCCCGAAUGUAUCUUACAAGAUAUCAAUCAUCUUGGGUGAUAUCUACCGCUACAUUUUCAAGCUUUGUAAACAAGAUACGGUACAAGAUUCCAUCCGAGAGUAUCAGAACUCAUUGGAGAGUAACAGAGAACACGCCAACACCUACUUGAAGUUAGCUACCAUAUACAAAGAGACUGACCUCGACUGUUGCAUACUGUACUUUAUCAGAUUCGCCUACCUAAAACAACUUGAUGACAUUGAAAAGAGAUUCCCAUUGAAGAAGAAUAUCACUAACAGUGUCUUUGGCAACAUCGCCUUCAAUCUGAUAUUGAACGAAGGGUGAGGUGAUUAAGCAUAAGAAUCAAUAAUGAUGACAUUACUUUACAGAGAAGACAAGGCGGUACUCGCGGAAUUGGAAGAAGAGUUACAGAAACAACUGGGUACUAGUUCAUCAGUGAAGGAAUUCUUGGCCUCGAAUUACAAGUUUAUUGCCUUGGCUUUGUUCGUCUUCUCUUUGAAUGGUAUGUUUCACAUUGUUGUCUAUAUUAACUUUCAUUUCCUUUAUAGAACACAAGAAAGUAGAACAGAACGCCGCCUUGUGGUGUCGUAUCUUCGGAGCACUUGUGAAGCGACAGUUAAAGCAGUUAUCUGACCAAAUGGAAGAGUAUUUGCCUAUGAAACACAAACAUAGUGUACUGACAGCUCUUAAAUAUUGUGAAAUAUCUCCUAAAUUGUCGUUAGGCGUCGACGCUGUUCACAACAUCGCUCCACUGGUAGUGGUACUAAAUGAAUGGCUCAAAAACUUGGCUGGAUACUUUAGUCAACGUCAAAUCUCUGUUGGCCUUCGAAUGGUAGGUUUUGGGGUAGAGAACAAUACGGCGCCUGAUAUUGUAACUACAAUAUAUAAAUCAAAGUGUAAACUUAAAAUGAAAUCACUCAUUUUUAGGUAAUACAUUCAUUCCUGCACUGUUAUGUCAAUUUGUUAAACCGCAUGGAGCUGUAUCUUCCACCGAUCAUAGAAGAAGCCGAUCCAGAUCUAAAUUAUUCGUUGGUUUUGAAUGACUUCAAUGGGUUGAAGAUUGACGAUUCAGAAGACGACACGGCGAUUAAAAUUAUGGCAUCUGGGUUAAGAAGAGGUAUAAGUUCGGAUACGUUUCCUAUCGGCUUUGAAGAUAAGUUUAUCUACCAAUGGCCGAUAUCUGAAGGCGGACCGAAGCAGAUAAAAGUUGAUGUUACCAUUGAAGCAAAGAAGGUAAGCACACCUAGAAGUCCGUGUUGUUGUAAAUUUGUGCCAACUGUAAUAAUGAUACAAAUUUUUGCACAAAUUGUUCAAUAUUUGUUUUCAGAAUCCUAACAUCACGGUUGCUCUAUGUUCUCAAGAUGGAUUUAUAAACAACUACAACAUUAUCGAGAACCUGCUUACAAACACACCUUUCGUUUGCAUUCUUGACCGGCAGACAGUGGACUUCAUUAUAAAAACCAGCAACUUCAGAAUCUCGAAGAUCAACAUUGAAAACUUUGAGAAUUUCCUCAAAUCAGAGAAGAUCGUCACUUUGAAGUCUGAAGACUUGAAUCCGUUAAUUGAAGCUGAAAGACUGGUCAAAAAGAUUUCAGGGAACGAAACUCUCAACAUUGUUCUCGAUGAAGCCGAGAUGAUCGACGCUUCGGGAAAUGGUGAGUUUUUGUUAAAUUCGACCUAUUCAUAAUAGUAACGUUGUUUAUAUGAUGUACUAAUUUUUAUUUUUAGUGGUCGAUGCCAAAGUCUUUUCUAUCGACGAAAUUCGAAACAAAAUUUCAGAAGAAUCAGGCGUAUCAUGUACAAAAACUGCAUUUGGAGUAUUGUAG